UGUAGGUGUCGGGCUCGCUCUCGCUCUCGGGACAGCCAUGGAUUUUGAGAAUCUUUUCUCCAAACCCCCCAACCCGGCCCUUGGCAAAAGGUCGGCUACGGACUCUGACGAAAGAAACCAUGAUGAAAUAGAUGAUACAGAAGUUGAAGAAACACAAGAAGAGACAGUAAAAUGGAAUGUAAAACUGGAAUGUGAGAAAAUUCCCAAAAAACCUCGACGUUCCAGAAACUCCACAGCAUCACAAAAGAAUUCUCCCCGUAGAAAAUCAAGGAGUAAAGACUAUGAUCCAGAGAGUGACAAUGAUAUACUCAGUCAAGACUCAGAAGAUCAUUUUGCUAAAGCACUUCAGCAGUAUAUACAAGCUAAGGAAAUGGCCAGUGCUGCUCAGGCAUUAUCCGUUCCUGAAGACUCCAUAAAGAAAGAUGAAGGGAAGGAAGCCCGGAAUGCAGCACAACAAAAGAAUCAAAACCUUAGAGCUGUUCACAAGAAUGGGAAGCAGAAGAAAGUGAAGCGGAAACGGCGUAGUGCCGGGGACAAAGGAUCCAAUGCUUUACCAAGGAAGCAAGGCUCUCAGGACCAGGAUGGCAAACCUAAGGAGAAUCCGCCACGUGUGAGAAUGAGCCAGGGAUUUAUCAACCAACAUACAGUGGAACGUGAGGGAAAACAAAUCUGUAAAUAUUUUCUUGAAAGAAAAUGUAUUAAGGGAGACCAGUGUAAAUUUGAUCAUGAUGCAGAGAUAGAGAAGAAAAAAGAAAUGUGUAAAUUUUAUGUACAAGGAUAUUGUACCAGAGGCGAAAACUGUCUAUUUUUGCAUAAUGAAUAUCCUUGCAAGUUUUACCAUACAGGAGCAAAAUGUUAUCAGGGAGAGUAUUGCAAGUUUUCUCAUGCUCCACUGACUGCUGAAACACAAGAACUGUUGGCUAAAGUUUUAGAUUCGGAGAAGAAGUCAUCAUGAAUAUAAAAUAAGAGUGUUUCUGCGAACUCAGGAGGCUGGUGUUGGAGUGGCUCACAGAAUUUCUUAUUCUAAUACGCCCCCUUGUGUCACUGUGAUGAUGUGCUGAGAGUCACUUGGAUAAGAGUGAAGAGAGUUUCUCCAUCCAGGUGCUGCCACCUUUGGAACAAGAGCGGAGGGUCUCUCUGCUGGCUGCUGACCUCAGGUUGUGGUAAUAAUUGCAGACAGCUCUGCUGACUGAGUUUGCCCAGUAAGAUAGGAGCCCCGGCCCCAGUGAUUGUGCAUGAGGGAAGAAAACGUGGGUUGCUCUGGGAAGACAUUAAAAUAAUAAACAGUGGAUCUCCUGCCAUAGCUUUUCAACUAUUUUUACAAUCUUUAUUUUCAAAUGUGGAUUGUGUUUUAUUACUAAGAAAAAAUGUUUUUCUUGCCAAUGCCUGGGUACAUAUUCAAAGCACCCCAAGAGGCACCCCUAGAGCACAGCUGACAGGAUGUAAUGAUGGCUCAUAGUUCUGUGGCGUAUUUUGUUUGUGACUUUUCAUUGUUUUCCAAUUUUUGGACAUUUAAGUGUUUUUCCAUUUUUCCAUUAUUUUAAAUAAAAUGGGACAAUGUCUCCUGUUACAGUGUUUCAAAAUUUGACGGUCUGAA